UGUGCUGGUGACUCUGUGAUGGUUCUGGUCUCACAGGGUGAAGGAAGACAAGACGGACUAAACCUCAACACGCUUCAAAGACACAGACUUCCCUAGCUCCGCCCUCCAGCUGACACCAUGGAGAUCGCAGAUCAGCUCAUAACAGAGAUCUACUCCUGCCUGGACCAACUAAUAUAUUGUGCACAGAGACUGGAGGAGCUGGCCUCUGAGCUGGAGGACAUCAGGAAGACCGCUACGACCAGUGACGAUGUUGGAGGCUCUUUCUCUCUGCUCAGUGCAGGGACACCAACCGCCCUCACAGGAGGUGUUAAGGUCCCUCUUUUGGCAGGACUUGGUGCUGCUACCAGUCUGGGUUCAGACACUGGGAAAUAUAUCAAUUCAAGUAGCACAUGCAGAAAAGCAACUGAUGCUGUUGAGAAGCUCAAUGAGCAUGAAGCAAAGAUCAGAUCUCAUCUGAACUUACUGGAAAGCAGAGGACAGAGCGAAGAAAAGGCUGUAGAAGAAUAUGUGUUGGACAGCAUUGUAAAGGCACUGGCAAAACGUAGUGGGCUGAAGUGGAAUGACAACUUCAAGUCACUUCCCAAGGUGACUGAACUGACCAAAAAACUGGCCAAUCCUGAAUCAGACAUUUGGUGGUGGUCGGGUCUUCAAACGGGUGUUGGUGUCCUUGUUCCUGAGGGCGCCCUGGGCAGCCUGGUCGCUGAUGGAGAUCUCUCUGUUGUAGUGAAGGCAGCUGGAAAAAUUGGGGCAAGGGCAGCAGCUGGACUGGAACUAUCAGUUACUGAGCUGAAAAGUGUGGAACUGGCCCAAAAGGAUUCUGGGAAAGAGGCCAGUGAGAAUCUGAGAGAUGAAGCUAAAAGACUGACGGACAGAUUUAUAAUGAUCAGGUGUGAACUGGAUGAAAUCUGCGGCUUGUUUAAGGAGUUAGCUGGAAUUCAGUGCUGUAUUGAAAACCCUGACAUAAACUCACCAGGAUGGAUGGAUUUAAUAAACUUUACAAUACAGAACUGUGAGGACGAAUCCCUCCGGAAGUUGCUGUGGGAAAAUUCAAUGUCUCAGGAAUUAUUCAAACUUUUCUCAUACUUUAAAUUCCUGACCAAAGACAUCAACGGGGUAGACAGAAAUGAAGAUAUUCACAUCAUCAUUGUGGCUCACGGCUCAAUCACACCUGAGAUGAUGCCCACCAGCCGCCUCACACCUCUGUUCACCAUCGAGGACGUGCUCCUGUAUUCUCCAUGGAACUGUAUGAUAUGUCCUGAGGCAGCGUACGGCAUCGCAACAGGACUGAUUGAGAUUCAAGACAGGAGCUUUUACUGUUACAAAGAUGAAUGUCCCAUUCCCUCUCCUGACCACCAGCCCACCAAGCUGCCCGACGACUGGAACUCCAUGAGGGCGUCGUCGAUGCAGGUCCCAGACAUCAAGCUCAGCCCUCUUGGACCACGGGACGGUGCAUGGGGUCAAUAUCUGGUAUUGGAAGGUCACCAUGGUCACCCGAGAAGAAACCGUAUCGUCAUCCCAUACCGUGUCCCACUUACUCUCUCAUUCUCCAUCGUCAAUUUGGUCUUGUCCAUCGUGCUCCUUUUCUUCGAGCGCCGAGCCAAAGUCCAUCUGGCAGCCUGUCUGGGUAAAAGGUCUCCAGACGAGACGUUUGAUGAGGAUGGUUUGAGGGAUCAAUAUUCCUACACGAAUGACAACACCGCCAUGAAUGCUCCCAUGGAGCUCAACCCAUAUCCUGCCCUGUAUGAGGCUCUGAAGGCUGUGUUUGGGCCACGAUAACUGGAGGUCGUCAAACAGAAAUGUGGAUGGAACCGCGUAGGAACUCAUUUCUGUUUGCAGGAAAUGAUGAAGGGAGAGAGGAAAAUCUAAAUAAACGUACUGAUUCAUCCAUUCAACAGCAUGACAUCAACAGAAAGCUGCAGCUCGAUCAAACACGACCUGCCCACCAACUGAGUCGCCACAACGAAUUUCAUCAUUUUACGUCUCAGCAAACCAACAGAUGUGUUGAACGUCAACCUUUCUGAACCACAAAUACAUUGCACAUCAACAUUUAGACUCACAGUCAGUGGGGCGGAGCCUCAGUAUCAAAGUCACAUGACUGUCAACAUUCACUAGCUAACAGUCUAGCAGUGACACACAGCACCCCUCCCCUACACACACACACACACACACACACACACACACACACACACACACACACACACAUUAGCUGAACACACAAAGUAAAUUAUUUUGAUUUUAUUUUGGCUGCUGAGAGUCUAAAACUUUCUUUCUGUAGUUCAUAAAAAACAAAUAUAGUAGGAGUUUAAAUAUUACAAAUGAAGCUUUAUACAUUAUAUACAUAUAUACACACUUUCUCUCUCUUUCACUCACUCUCUCUCUCUCUCUCACACACACACACACACACACACCACAAUCAACAUUAUGUUUAACUUUGUGUGGAAAUUAAAAAAAAAAAAAAAAAAAAAAAAACUCUCCC